UCGGCAGCACAAAGAAAUGUUUCUGCUUCAUAAAAAGGGGGCACAAUCAGUGAAAGAAACUCCACGUUGUCUUUUAUACAUCCACGGCCGUCAUUUUGUCCUCUUCAGCAUGAUUUUGCACGUCUUCAUUCAGUUGUGCGGUCAUAUUUGGUGUGCGCGUCCUUCGUUGAGUGGUAAAAGUACAGUAAGAUCGAAUCAAAGGUGUCAAGUAUAUGCGGUGGGGGCGUGUUCAACGUCUGCCACCGUAUUCAAUGACGGUGGGCGGGGCUUAGGCAGCGUAAUGCAUGAUUGGCUGGAGUGGAUGUGGGCGUGGUCAGGUCAACAGGAAGAAUAUAAGAGUUUAUGAGAGCAACUUGGAGGGAUUUCUGUUCGAGAAACUUGUGAGUGCGAAGCAUGAAGACGAAGCAGGAAACAGAGGAGGCCAGCCAUGAUAAAAAGCUGAUGAAAUCCCAAGUGGAGAAGCGUCGACGUGAGAGGAUGAAUCACAGUUUGGAUCGUUUGAGGGUCAUGUUGAUGCACGAACCCCAGCAGCGGGGCGCGUGCGAGCGUCGCGUGGAGAAGACGGAGAUCCUGGAGACCACGGUGUUGUUCCUGCACAACACCAGCAAAGCAAAGGCGGCGAGCGGGCCUUCCUUCCAAGACGGCUUCUCCGCCUGCCUGCGGAGCGCCGCGCGCUUCCUGGGCCCUGAGGUCAAAGGUCUUUGGCUGGUGACCGCCGUGGACGCCGCCUUCGCCGCCCGCCCCCUGCAGGAGCCCCCUCUGUGCACCUCGUCCUCCAUCCUGCACCUGCUCCGGCAGAGGUCCAAGUCGGCGCCCAGGAGGCCUCUGAUGCCGCCGCCCGGGACCUCCUCGCCGAGCACCUGCACGGAGAGCCCGCCCGUUAGCCCCGCCCUCAGCCCCUCCCUGUGGAGGCCGUGGCCUUGACGCCCCCACUCUUUUGUGAACUUUGACCUCCGCAUCAGCUGACAUUGCACCUGUAAAUAAUGUAAAGAUACUUGUACCUAGAUGAUGUCACAAGCUCCGCCCCCUGGCGCUGACGAGACGCGACCUCGGGGUCACGGGUGCGGAGCUUCCAGACCAGAGUGCAUCUUCACGCAUAAACAAUCUCUGUGACCACUAGGCCCACACAUUUAUAUAUGACUUGUAUAUUUUGCACAUUAAUUUAUUAUUUAAUUGUCACAACACCAAAUAAACACAUUCCAUG